AUCAGGUGCUGGAAUGGAACAGCCAUGAAUGGUGAUGUCUACUGCCAGGAAACCUCUUCCCAGCUUCCUGACUGGAAAGAGUUUUGUGAACUUCAUGCUCAAGCAGCUGCUGUUGACUUUGCCCAGAAGUUCCGCCAGUUUUUGAGGGAAAACCCAAAUUACGACAUACCAGGGGCAGAGACUUCUUUUUCUAAACAUUUUACUGCACACUUCUUGGAUUUCUUCACUGCUGAAGUUAGCAGAUCCUAUAUGUCUGACUCCCCUUCCAAAUGUAAUAUUGUUCCGUUUGUAGGUCUUCAGAACUGCCGGGUACCUUACGGUCGGGACAUACUUCCUAGAAAAGAAGGAACUUCUACAGAGUCUUUGGACAGUAUGGACAACCCUGUGAUCCCAACACGAUACUCUCAGACUCAGGCCAGGGCACAAAGAGUGUCCUCUUAUGGCCAUUCUCGAAGUUCUGAAGAUGUGUCAGUCCAUUCUUCUAAGCCAAAAUUUAAGAAGGGGUUCUCUUUAAGGAACAUGAGCCUUUGUGUUGUGGAUGGGGUGAAGGAGAUUUUGCACAGGAAGUCUUCACCAGAACCAGUACCAGAUGGCCAGGGUAGGAGAUCAGAAACAGAACAUUCUUCAUCAGGGAGUAAGGAGCACAGUGAUACCAAGGAAAGAUGGACAUACAAGUUGCGCCUGUCAACAAAGACACCGUCAACAAAAAUAGAACAGCUAGAUAUUCAAAGGGAAGGGACUCUUCGUUAUAUGGUAGCAGAUGACACAAACUGUGUAGGAAGUGCUCAGUGGCAGAAAUGCAGACUGUUGCUGCGAAAAGCUGUGAAAAUGGAGGGUGAAAGGUUCAUUUUGGAGUUUUAUGUGCCCCCAAAGUCAACAAAGCCAAAAGUCAGCAUUCCCUUAUCUUCCAUCCUUGAAGUUCGGACCACUAUGCCUUUAGAGAUGCCAGACAAGGAUAACACUUUUGUACUGAAGGUGGAGAACAGUGCAGAAUAUAUCCUGGAAACAAUCGACUCCUUACAGAAACACUCCUGGGUGGCUGAUAUACAAGACUGCAUAGAUCCUGGGGACAGUGGGGAAGAUAUUGAGCUGAACUCCUGCUCUCAAGGCAUGUGUCAAGCCAGUGGGGACUUUCCUAUAGUAUCUCCUUGUACCUGUGAGUUGCUUCCUGAUGGUAUGCUUCAGAGACCUCAAGAAAAUUCGGUUGCGUUGUCCACUCAGGAGGCAGCUGUGGUCACUGCUCCCCACAGUCGGCUGUCUGACAGCUUGAUAGGGGAGCAUCUGUUACAUAUUCCAUUAGAGAACUUCUUGCAAACACUGGAGUCUCCAGCUGCAACACAUUUAACAGGUGAAGGGGAGAUGGAGACUGAAAUAAAUCUUUCUGACUACCCAUGGUUCCAUGGGACACUGUCACGCAUCAAGGCAGCACAGCUGGUAUUGGCAGGAGGGGUGAAGAAUCAUGGUUUGUUCGUCAUUCGGCAAAGUGAAACCCGACCUGGGGAAUAUGUCCUGACAUUUAACUUCCAAGGGAAAGCAAAGCAUCUGCGUCUCUCUCUAAAUGACAAUGGCCAAUGUCACGUGCAGCAUCUGUGGUUCCAGACCAUAUUUGAUAUGCUGAAGCACUUUCACAUACACCCUAUCCCACUUGAAUCUGGUGGCUCUGCUGAUAUUACUUUGAGAUAUUAUGUUAUGGCUCAGCGUCCCAUGCCAGAAAUCAACAGCUCCCAAUGUGUUGCCGCUUCUCAACAACCUGCCUGCCGAAAUGAUUUCUAUCUGUCUCAACACUACUUCCCAAGUUCAUUACCUGGAAAUUUCCAGCCAGUUUUCCAGCCUGAAGCUGUUUCCCCCACUACCAAUCCCCACUACCACAGAGUGGAGGCAGUACUCAGUGCCCGGAGUCGUAGCAACAGUUCAGAACGUCUUCUAGAGCCACCACCCAUUACAAACUCAGAGGACUACCAUGACAGUGACAGUGGAUCUCGUAACAGGACCAGGGCUAUUGAAAACCAGUAUUCUUUCUACUAAAUUAUAUAUUGUAGAAUCUGAUGCUUCGUGUGGAUUUUUUUUUUUAACUAGAAUUGGUGACUGUCCAAGCCAUUAACUUUUGAGGAGCACUGUCUUACUUGCAAAACCAUGCAUUUUAAUCCACAUAUAAAUAGAGAUCUACUAGAGAAGUACUGGAAUCAUUUUAAAAUACACUCGAACACCCCCAUCCUGAGGCUGGUCUCAGAAAUUAAACAUUUUUUUUUAAUUCUUACUUCUCAAAUCAUUUUGGGUCCAUGCUACUGUCUGAUCUGCUGUACAUUGACGUUGUGUGACUCAUUUCAGAAGCUCUUUGGAUGCGUGCAGAAAUACAAUUUAGAUAACAUUCUGUGAUCAGAAGCAAAUUAGGCAGUAUACAAUCAGUUGUGUACUGCUGGAUAACACAUAAAAGUAAUGCCUUUUUUACAGAUGUAGAGUUUAUGUGUGAAAUGAAUUACUGGAGGACAGGGUAACUCUGGCAAGAAACUUAAUUUUAUAGUAAUGUCAUGUUUGUUAUUUUUCUGAAGUGCAAAAACAGACAGUGUCAAUAUCAAUUUGUUAGUAUUGUUUCAUAAUGUGUUUGGUUAAGGAGCUCUUGGCUAUGUAUCUGUUUGGUGCUUGUAGAAAUAUUCUACAUUUCAGGAAUGUGUUUUAGCUACUGCCCAAAGCAGAAAACAGAAGAUGGGCAAAAGCAAUGUUCUGUAGAAAGGGAUACAAAGAAAUGAUUCAUGGCACUUGAUUUUGUGGACUAAAGUACAAGUCUGCAAAACCAAAAAAAUAUAUUUCUUGCAAGUGGUGUAGGCCCCACAUUCACAUAUAUGGGAAGGUCUGGACUUCCGUAAUCUCACCGUGCAUAUGCCAUUUGAAAAGCUGUUACAGCUCAUUGAAAGUAUCAUUUUCUUCUCACAAUGACCUCAAGAGUGUGAGCAGCUAGCAAGGUAUUUUCUUCAGAUUUAUGUCAUGUGACUAAAGGAACAAUUGUGUGAAUGUAGUUUCAGUGAGGGGAAUUUUUCAAACUGGUAUUUAUAUUCUUGAGAAAAGUUUUUGUGGGAACCCUCCUUAUACUCCCAUGCAUGGGGUCUAUAACUGACAAAUAUAAGCAGCUAGUAGGUCUUUGCACCCCUGCAUCUCAAGUUAAGAGGAAUUUGACACCUACAGUGACAUAGUUCAACAAAAACCAUGACUUGGGCUGGUGUCCACUGCUGUUCAGUUGACCAUCAAGGAACCAAUCUUCCAUUUUCUGCAAAAUUCAAUGUGUGAAUCAGGAUUAAAAGAAUUCUAAAUCGCCAUAUGGCCCCUUCUUACCUAUCUGCUUCCCAGUGUAUAUAUAUUUGUGUUGCAUAUUCAUGUGCUCUCUCUCCCAAUCAAAGAAGCAUGCCUUAUCUGCCAAGUAUUUCUCUUCCAUUCAGUUUAUCAUGAAAGAAGAGAGAUACUUUUCUUUGAAAGGUCAUUUGGUUAGCCCAGUAACUGAGAACAUCUGGUGUUUACAGAAGGUGACACAAACUGGCAGACCAUAGAAGAAUGAUCCAUCAGCAAUUGAGUUGAGUGGUGUAAACUGAAAGUAAAUAAGUAAUAUACUGCACCAAGGUAGACACUGAGAGGAAAGGGCUGACACAUUUCCAAGAUGUGUAUUGAGUGUUGCAGGGUAAGUACAGUCAGAUUACACUGAGGUGUUAUAAUUCAAUCUACGGGAGGUCUAAAGAAGGCAAAACACUACCAGCCUGUAUAAGAUAAUUGAACCUGUCUUCGGCAAGAACUACUCACUCAUUACUUAGGUCAUUGCUGACAAAGUCAUUUCUUCCUGAAGAGAGAAUCUCCAUAGGUAAUUGUUUUGGUAGGCUGUCUAUGGCAGAAAAAGGAAAAGAAAGGAGAGGAUUCAAUACCAGGUGAGGAGAUGAUAACUGGACCUCACUGGACAGUGGCCCAAAAAACAAAUCAUGCAGCAGAUUAUAAAAGUGCAGCAACAGAAGGUCUACAGGACACUGGGGUGUAUAGGUAGGGGGCUAUCUCAAGAAACUGAGGUUAUCUUUUUACUGUAUAAGGCAGUGGUUACCCUAUAUAUGGAGCACUUUGUUUUCUUUUUUGAUGUCAUGCAGAGAUAAAAAAGAAAGAUUUUAGCUGGUUAGUGUGCGUAAGACACUGUCAUCAAAAUUGUGAGUGGAGUGCAAAAAUGGACUUUAUGAAAAGGCUUUGAAACGUAUGGAAUGUAUGUAGUGGGACACGGAACAGAAAGGGUUAAAUAGGAUGCAAUACAAUUCAAAGAGAAAAAAUAGAAAGAGUGGAGUCAGAGAACAAUAAACACUGAAUGAAGAGGAAAUCAGUGAUGACGUGAAGGAGGAAACGUUUUGGCAAUAAGAGUGGUAGUACCCUGGAAUGUGUUGAUACAGUGCAUGUCAUAAAAGGGGUCAAGUGUGACAGAUACAAAAUGGGUGUAGCGGAGAGUAAGAGGGAUAGCUACAAUGCUAGGGUGAACUUAAACUUGUAGGUAUUCUUUCAUAUGCAGAUAUGUCUGUAAUUUCAUGUAUCAAUUACAUAUUCUGCUGGUAACAAAAAUAUCAUUCAGUUCACUGAGGUUUCUUGCUUAAAUGUUGCAUGCUUCUGCAGAAUGGAAUUACUGUUAUGGCUAACAGUUUGCUUGCAUUCAGUUCCACAACAAACCAGCAAAAAAAUAUAUGCAGUUUAAUAAAGUAAAGAAUGGUUUCAAUAGCUAAAUAAAAUGGAUAAAGUUAUAGAAUGGAAAGCAAGCCUGCAUUUAGAAAGGUCUGCGUACGCUUGGAAGACAGAAAGCUGGCCAGUGAUACUUAGGGGAAAACUUUGCUGAAAGCCACUUUGAGUAAAUCCAAGUUUAAUAUUUCCCCACUUUAGUAUGACAAUGGCGUGGGUAUAUGUACACAAGUAUGAGGGGUGCCCUUUUAUAUAGUAGGCACAGAGGGGGGUUGCCAUCCUGAAUAAUUUGCUUUCCUUUUCAAUCUCUGAAAGUGUCUUUCAGAGAAGUUUUUUUUCCAUGACGAGUUUGGCUGAUGAGUCAUCAUGAAUCGUCCCAGCCUAAGUCGAGGUUUGUGGUUUGGAAAAGCUAGAAUUUUAAAAGUCAAACAUUACAUUAUCCAUGCAGCCAUCAAAAACAAAAGUGCAGUUUGGUGUAAAGCAACAGGACAGCUGGAAAUGUAACUUACAUGGGACAUCAUCACAAGUCAUAAGUAGAACUAGUACGGCAUGUUCUAUCUUUUGUUUUUGUGAAAGGACUUGCUUCAUGCACUGACAACUGCUAGGGGGAAAAGUACAAAAGAAUGCGACAUGACUAUUAAAAUCAUGUGCCACCUUUGUCAUUUUGUGUGAUAUAACAAUACAGAUAUUUUCCAUAUCAUAAGGUAUGGAUGCAAACUGUACAUCCAUUGUCUAAAUGCGGAUCGACUAAACAUAGACUGAGUAACUGCUGCUGUCGGUAUUAAUAACAUACUUAAAGAAAUAGAACUUGUUUCACCGGAUGCUUAGUGGUAUAGGGAUAUUCCAUCAAAAAAGUGUUAUGGAUUGUCUAGUCUGAUGUUUUCCAUUCUUGUGGUAUUUACAUCAGUGAUCAAUACAUGAAAUCCUAUCUUGUCCUUGUCAAAUCCUUUCUCACUUUUUUUUUUUUACCAGAAACUGAAUUUAUUUCCAUAAUUCUUUCCCUGUGAAGCUGCCCAUGGAUUUUCAGUACAUCUUAUGGAUAACUACUUCCGCUGUUGUCACAGAGAUUAAGUGUCUCAUAAUGAACCUGUUAAAUCUUUUUCAUUCAGUACAGGCAUUUGCCUUCAAGAACAAUUUUGGAGUAAAAUGUAAAUAUGUACCCAGUUUUUAACUGAAAAACCUGAAUGCUUUAGCCAAGUGUCACUUCUCUUUUCCUGUUCUGAAUGUGUAAGCUGAGGCACUUGAGCUUUUCCUUGGUAUUUUCUCAGUUGUUGUGGGGUAUCCUGAUUAUUUUUUUCUCUGACCAUUGUCAAUAUGGUUGUUUUCCUAUUUUAUUUAUUAACUGACCAAAUUUGUGAAUAAAAUGGGGAAAGACCUUUUACAGCCAUGAAAACAGAAAGAACAAUAAAGUAACAAAAACAAUAGAUUCAAUAAAAUUAGGAAAAUGCACUAAAAUGAGAUAAAGCAUAACAUGUAAAAAUAUGAUAAACAAAAAUGGUGCAAAAGUGAGGCUUUUCACGACCAAUCCACAAGUAUAAUUGCAUAGUAUUUACAUAACCUUGAGUAGCGGCCUGGACAACACUGGACAGGUUGGGAGAAGUAUGGUUUGAGUAUCUUCUUUCAAGGAAGGAAAGAGAAUGCGAUGAGGGUUUGCACUACUGAAGGGUGGAAGGUGGGACGACAGUCUGUGUUGCUAUAAGAGAGAUGGAUGAGAAAAAAACUUGCUGUAGGAAGGGAGGUGGGUGAGAUGAGGGCCUGUGCUGCAGCAGCAAUCCUGUCAGAGACUGAAAGCUAUCCCUAGAAAGUACAGUAAAGGAAGAGAGUUUAUGCAGACAUCUAGGGGCACACAUAUGUAAACAUGACACUACCAGAAGUACAUAUUAGAGAACUAUAGCAAAGAAUCCCCAGCAUUAUCUCACACCAUGAUGGUCUAUGGAUUCUUCUAUCCAGCUUUUUCCCAGCACUUUUAUUUAUAGGAGUAUACACAUGAACUUGACUGUCACUAGCAGAAACCAGAGGCCCCAAGGUCACUGCCACAGCAGAGAAUUAAAAUUAAGAUAAAAAAUGGGGAAAACAGCAAUAAUGUUUGACAUUCAGAAAAACAUGGAUAACAUGUUUUAUUAAUGCAGGCUUAUAAUCAUCAUACUUGAGUAGGGUGGCAAGAGGCAGAAAAUAACAGUUUAGCCAAAAUGUUGUUUUCUGCAACCAAGACAUCCCAGACUGUUGGCCUGUGGAUGGACAAAGACUAACAGAUACAUUUUGCCACUCCUCCUCUGGAGUAAACUGUCCAUGUUGGUUAAGUAGUAGUGCACAUUAUCAUCCUUCAGACAGAACCUGAAUGAUUGAAUUGGUACCCACAAAGGGCUUAUGCCUCCUUGAGAAAGGUGAUAGAGCGUGAAGGUUGGCAUUGCCAUGGCAUUAAUGGUCAUGAGGCUAAAUUGUCUUCCAAUUUCUGUGAAUCCCAUGAACUUCGGAACUGAAACUGUGUGUGCUUGUGAAUGAUUUGUGGUGGAAAUUGUGAACAACAGAGAAAUAAACUAAGUGUGAAAGUUGGGAGAAGCUGCUCUAUAAGAAAAGAUAAACACUGAAAAGCUUGGCAAAAUGCUUUUAGUUAUAGGACUGUAUCCCAGAUCAAGUCAAGUUGUGGAAAGUAAUUAUUUAUUAAUACAAGGUGUGUUAAGCAGUAGUCUUGCAAACUGAAGUUGUAUUGCACAGCACCAUGCAACCUUAUAGGUAUUUUGGUAGCCCAUGGGAAACUAAAACUAUAAGGUACAAACUUUGAGAAUGGGCAAGAAAACAGAGGGAUCCUAUCACUUCUAACCAAAUGACUAAGGGCGAAUGUGUUAUGCCAUAGUCCCUUCACAUUCUUCUCUUCAAGAAGAUGCUUCUGCUCUGUAGCCAUGUCAGUCACUUUUACUUUCCCUCAUCCACAGGUCUAAUGCUCAUGCUGAUGACUGUCAGUGUGAGUUAAAAAAGGUAAAUUAAAAUGAAGGUGAUACAAGACAGGAGGCAUGGUUUCCAGAAAUCGUACAAUUCACACAGUCAGUAUCAGUAGCUGGGCAAGUUUCUUAGAAUUCAUAGUUUAGAAUUAGCAUCUCUAGGAUGGCAGUCACUUCAACCUAUGAUGCCAGGUUUAUCAGACUGGGCAAAACGUCCUUCUAGUACCAUCCUCCAGUUAUACAGAGGAGUCUCAGUGUACCACAGCUACACACUUCAGAGACAAAACAGUGUUUUAUUACUUCAACUGAAGUAAGCUUAAAUGAGUUGUCUUAUAAUAUUCAAAAGGUGAAAUAGACAUUGCAAUGUGCUCUAAGUCAAAGAAAGAUCAUGCUGAGUACUGGAAGAUGAUAACAUUUAUACUGCUGAAAUAUAGUCCUACAUAUUUCAAACAUUGUCAGUUAUGACCUGAUUAACAAAGUUGGUAGAGAUGCUUCUCUAUGGCUGCUCAUCGAAACAGAAUAUUGGCCAAAGGUUAAGAAGAAUAAGAUGUAACCACUCUCACCAGUAUUUGUUAGCUUUGAAGUUUCCUUAAAAUACAGUAUGCCAGAUCCUCUAAUUAUACAAGCAAAAUAAUAUAAUGAGACAUUUUACAUUGUGUGUGUGUGUGUGUGUGUGUGUGUGUGUGUGUGUGUGUGUGUGUGUGUGUGUGUGUGUGUGUCCAUCCAUGCUUGCAUGUUCAAAACAGCAUCAUAUUUCAGAGGCUGUGCAUACUACGAAGUGUGGUCCUUGUUUGGUCUGACUCUGAAUUUAUUUCACUGAUCCGCCUGUAAAGGCUAAUGUGAGUUAAUUCAAUACAGCAUGAUAGCUUGUACCACUUUUCAAAUUGCGAUUUAUUGGGUUUACUACUAUUUUUUUUUUUUUGGGCUUUCCCUCCUUGUACUGCUGACUGCUAGACUGCUGAAUCUGGAUGACAUUCUGUGAUAAACUGCAUUAAACAGUCAUUUUGUAAUUACCCUAAUGGAAAUUUUAUCUCAGGACAGUUUUCAUUGAGAAAACUAAACAUUGUUGAUUUAUGUUUUGCCAAUAGUACAGUCCACAAAAAAUCACUAUAUUUAUUACCACUGAUUUGAUAAACAGUAAUGUGAUACAUUUAAAUGCCCAGCAGACAUUUUCAAAGAGGUUGUCCUGUAGUGUGCCUAACAUAAUGGGUCCAGAAGAAGCACUUGUGUAAUCUGAAAUCUUGAGUAAACUCUUUGGUAACAUCUCUGAUUCCCUAAUUACAGGUGGCUUAUGCUUGUCUGAAAGGUCUGUCAGUUUUACAACAGCAAUAUUUUUUAUGCCAUUAUGACUAUUGAAUUGUGUAACCAAAAAUGGAGGUGUGGGCCACCCUUUUAAAUCUUCUGUAAUAGAGGAAAUAAAGAAAUGCACAACUGAUUGGGAAAUCAACCUGAUAAAAAUGUAUUUGUUUUUUUUUCAAUGGAACAAGCCUCCUUGUAACUAUAUUCAGGGGACAAGUUUCUCCCACCUCCUGAACUUGUAUACCAACCCACCACUGGUACAAAUUUAGCAACCACACUGUCAGUGAGCUGCUAGGGAGUUAAAACUUUCCCCACGCUCAUCCAGUUUGCUCACAACAAGUAGUAAAGAAGCUGCGGAUAUUGUAUCCUGCAGGUCUUUCACAAUAAAAAUAAAGUUUUAGAAAAUUCUGCUUAACUUGUUAUCAAAGGUAACUCUGUAAAAGACAUAAAUGUUAUGGCUGAACAGUAUUUCUCAAAGUAGUAGAACUUUUAAAAUAAUAUGCAGUGUAGUAACUUUGCACUCCUUAGUUUUUUUUUUAAUAUUUACUGAUAAAGUUGUCCAGUGUUAGCAUACCAAGAUUGUGAAUGAUGAUUAAUUCAGAACUUCCAGCUAUUAUCUGUUUGCACCUUAUCCCUUUAUGCAUAACAGCUGAGAUCUUUCUAGGGCAUGCAAACUGUUGUGAUUAUAUAGGUAGGACCCAGCUACUGUUUCUCUUCUGUUUUAAUCACAUUUUCAUCUUCCACUCACCAUGUGACUGUAUGACACCCACAACUCAUUUUAUAUAGUUUUGAGGAGGUCUUUUCACUGACUUCACCAUCUGUUUUGAGUGCCAUGAAUCCUGUCCCAAAUAUAAUUUGAUUGUGUAUUGUUAUUGAUCCAAGGGCUGCAUUAUCUGCUGUUUUAAUUAGUAUGUUUUUUUGUCAAAAUGUGAUUUAAUUUCUAAAUAACCUUUCAAAAGAUGUAUACUUCUGUUUUAUUGAAGAGUAACAGGCAGUGUAAAUAUGGUUAUAAACUUCAAUAAAAUAAAGUAAAAUAUAAUGGUUUUAAUAAAUUAUUUUGAUCUGUGUAAUUUCAACAAAUAUAAUGGUUUUAAUAAAUAAUUAUUUUGAUCUGC